ACUUGAGCACUAAAUACAGAAUAUCGCGCUUGUAGUAAAUUACGUAUUUCCAGCAAAAUCAAGCCAGAUUCCUUCCUUCCUUCCUUUUGCCCAAUCUGACGUGUGAUGUGCAGAUUCAUUCCAGGGAGUUUGGAGGACGCUACAGAGAUCGUGGAGUGUAUAUACACCGUCCCGUACAAAAUAGCUGACAUGAUGCUUAUGCCUGCUUUGGCAAUUCUUUUUCUAAAAGCGAUAAUGAAAGGAACGUACAUGCCCACGGUUUUGAGCAGCCGGAACAGUAUGUGCGACGGAAAUAAUAUGCAGGCAGGGGCAUUCGAUUUGGUGAACUUGCACGCCCAUUAAGUCCGACAAAAUCAUGGCUUCUGUUUUCUGCAACGGCUCCUCCUCCUCUUUGCUGGAAAAUGAAGAAUAUGUGAGCUCUGCCUGCAGGUUAAACAAUGGGUAGAAGGCCAGCUUGAGUUAUUAUUGGAUAUUAAGCUGUCCUCAAGUAAUUUUUGAAGGCAGAGCCUGAACAUCAUAUCUCAGAUUCUAGAUGAGUUUCACACAGGGAGAUUCGAUCCAAGUUAAUUUCUCAAUGGUGGAUGACGUGAAUACUGAUGAAGUCUACAAUAUCCUUCCUGUGAACAAUGUGCUAGCAGAUCAUCCUGCAUUGCAGCUACCUGAGGUUCGAGCAGCCAUUACUGCAUUGAAAUGUUUAAGGGAACUUCACAGGCCUCCAUAUGCACGAUGGAAUGAAAAUAUGGAUAUACUCGAUUGGCUGGGUGCUUUGUUUGGUUUCCAACAAGACAAUGUUCGAAAUCAACGAGAGCAUAUUAUUCUUCUCUUGGCCAAUAGACAGCUACAACUGCCUUCCACUGAUGACUUGAGUAGUAUGCUCAAUCCAAGUAUCAUUGGAACUUUGAGAAAGAAGAUCCUAAAAAACUAUUACAACUGGUGUGCAUAUCUGGGCCGAAAACCUCAUGCUCAGAUAAAAGAACAUAUGAGCCGUGAACCUAAAGAACAGAAUGAAUUGCUUUAUAUAUCUCUGUAUCUUCUUAUUUGGGGUGAGGCUGCUAAUUUAAGAUUUUUACCGGAGUGUUUGUGCUACAUUUUCCACCAUAUGGCCUUAGAGCUGAAUAAGUUCAGAAAUGAUUCGUCAGUGUUGCCUGCUUAUAUUGGGGAAGAUGCCUUCCUGAAUAAGGUUGUUAAACCACUGUAUCUUAAAGUGAAAGCUGAAGCUGAAGCCAGUCGUGGGGGCAAGGCUCCCCAUUCGGCUUGGAGAAAUUAUGAUGACAUGAAUGAGUACUUUUGGAGCAGCAGGUGCUUCAAGGAUUUGGGAUGGCCUCUCAACGAGAGAAGUAAAUUUUUGGCAUCACCUAAUGCAGCUCAGCAGAAUCAUGAUUGGGAUUUCCAACGAUUUAAGGGGAUAUGGCAAAAAGAGAAGGUGGGAAAGACAGGAUUUGUAGAGCAACGUUCUUUUUGGAACAUUUUCCGCAGUUUUGAUCGACUGUGGGUGAUGUACAUUCUUUUUCUCCAGGCUGCUAUUAUUGUGGCAAAUGAGGGGUCAGGAAUUCCUUGGAUAGAAUUAAAAGAGAGAGACACACAAGUGCAGGUCUUGAGUGUCUUUAUAACAUGGGCAGGCCUUCGGCUUUGGCAGUCAUUGCUUGAUGCUGGCAUGCAGUACAGUUUGGUGUCAAAAGAAACUCCAUUAAUUGGAAUAAGGAUGGUACUAAAGACCAUUGUAGCAAUGGUAUGGACUAUUGUCUUCUCUGUAUUUUACAGUCGCAUGUGGGAUCAAAGGAAUCAUGAUUUUAGAUGGUCAGAUGAGGCAAAUAGAAGGUUGUUAAUUUACUUAAAAACUGCCCUGGUAUUCAUAAUUCCUGAGCUUCUGGCAUUGCUUCUUUUUAUUCUUCCUUGGGUCAGAAAUUAUGUGGAGAUAAGCAACUGGAGAAUUUUUAAUGUAUUAACUUGGUGGUUUGAAACCAGACUGUUUGUAGCACGAGGUCUUCGAGAGGGUGUUGUUCAAAACUUUUUUUAUACUCUGUUUUGGGUAGUAUUGUUGCUUGCAAAGUUCUCUUUCAGCUACUUCGUCCAAAUAAAACCCAUGGUAAAGCCAACAAAGGUGAUAUUGAACAUUAAGAACAUUCCAUACAAGUGGCAUGAGUUAUUUAGGAACACCAACCAAUUUUGUGUCGUGGUUUUGUGGGCACCAGUGAUCCUGGUGUACUUUAUGGAUACCCAGAUAUGGUAUUCGAUUUUCACAUCUUUGGUUGGAGCCUUGGUGGGUUUGUUUUCUCAUCUUGGUGAGAUACGGAAUAUUAAGCAAUUGAGGCUGCGCUUUCAAUUCUUUGCCAGUGCAAUCCAGUUCAACUUAAUUCCAGAAGUACUCCUCCCUCAAUUUCAUGGAAGUUUGAUAGCUAAAGUAAGGGAUUUGAUCAGACGUAUUCAAUUGAGAUAUGGGUUUGGUAUUCACAAGAAAAUUGAGUCUACUAACCAGGUUGAAGCAGGCAGGUUCGCCAUUAUAUGGAAUGAAAUUGUGUGGACACUUAGGGGAGAGGAUAUUUUAAAUGACUCGGAGGUGGAAUUAUUGGAGGUGCCUCCAAGCUCUUGGGAUCUAGGUGUUAUUCGGUGGCCAUGUUUACUGCUCUGUAAUGAACUAUUGCAUGCCUUAAGUCAGGCUAGUGCAUUUGAGGGUGAAGACAGGGCAUUAUGGUUGAAGAUAUGCACCAAUGAAUACCGUGGUUGUGCAGUGAUAGAAACAUAUGACAGCAUCAAACAUUUGCUCAAGAAAAUUGUCAACAAACAUAGUGAUGAGCAUUCCAUCAUUGUUAACCUUUUUCAAGAAAUCGAUACAUCACUUAGUCAGGGAAAAUUUUCAGAGAAAUACAGAAUGACUGAACUGCCUGAAAUACGCUUGAAAUUAAUCACACUAGUUAAAAUUCUUUUAACAAAACCAUCUGAAAAGGACCAACAAAAGGUAGUUAAUGCCUUGCAAAAUCUUUAUGAUAUUGUUGUAAGGGAUUUUCCCAAAGAAAGGCGGAGUACCACACAACUUAGGGAAGACGGGCUGUUUACCGAAAGGACUGACAAUAAGCUGCUAUUUGAGGACACUAUAGAAUUACCCGAUGUAGAAGAUGAGCAUUUCUAUCAACAAUUAAGACGGCUGCAGACAAUCCUGACUACGAGGGAUUCAAUGCCUCAUGUUCCCAAAAAUCUGGAGGCAAGGCGUAGGAUUGCUUUCUUCAGCAAUUCUCUCUUUAUGAACAUGCCCCGUGCUGUGCCAGUUGAAAAGAUGAUGGCAUUCAGUGUCUUGACUCCCUACUAUGAUGAGGAUGUUAUGUACAGCAGAGAACAACUUCGUACAGAAAAUGAAGAUGGUGUGUCAAUCAUAUUUUAUCUCCAGAGGAUAUAUCCUGAUGAAUGGUCAAAUUUCACGGAGAGGAUGCAUCGUGAGGGAAUGAAAGAUCCUGAUGAUAUCUGGACAGCUAAGGUGAUGGAACUCCGGUUAUGGGCUUCUUAUAGAGGACAGACAUUGGCUCGUACAGUGAGAGGGAUGAUGUACUAUUACAAGGCUCUCAAAAUGUUGGCUUUUCUUGAUUCAGCAUCAGAGAUGGAUAUUCAAAAAGGAUUUCAAAAACUUGUUGCCACAGCGUCGAGGCCCAUGGAUGGUGUGAACGAGAAUAUGAAUGUGCCAUCUCAAUGGCACCCUAACAGUGAAGGGAGUGGUGCAGAUGCUUCUGCCCUUUUGAAAUUUACUUAUGUUGUUACUUGUCAGAUUUAUGGUGCCCAAAAGGCAAGGCAGGAUAAUCGUGCUAAAGAUAUCUUGUAUUUGAUGAAGAACCAUGAAGCUCUUCGAAUAGCUUAUUUUGAUGAGGUCAAAGCUGGAAGAGAAACUACGGAAUAUUAUUCAGUUCUGGUCAAGUAUGACUCAGCACUGCAACGGGAGGUGGAGAUCUACAGGGUGAUGCUACCUGGGCCACUGAAAAUCGGGGAAGGAAAACCAGAAAAUCAAAAUCAUGCUCUGAUUUUUACGAGAGGCGAUGCAUUGCAGACAAUUGAUAUGAAUCAAGAAAACUAUUUCGAAGAGGCCCUCAAAAUGCGAAACUUGUUACAGGAGUUCACAAACUAUUAUGGCAUCCGAAAGCCUUCUAUACUGGGCGUUAGAGAAAAUGUGUUCACAGGAUCAGUCUCUUCUCUUGCUUGGUUCAUGUCGUCUCAAGAGACGAAUUUUGUUACCCUUGGCCAGCGUGUACUUGCAAAUCCUUUGAAGAUUAGGAUGCACUAUGGCCACCCGGAUGUUUUUGAUCGCUUGUGGUUCUUAACUCGUGGAGGCAUGAGUAAGGCUUCAAAGGUCAUAAACAUUAGUGAGGAUAUAUUUGCAGGCUUUAACUGCACUCUGCGUGGAGGUAAUGUGACACAUCAUGAAUACAUCCAGGUAGGCAAGGGACGUGAUGUUGGUCUAAACCAGAUUUCCAUGUUUGAAGCAAAGGUUGCUAGUGGCAAUGGUGAGCAAGUGCUGAGUAGGGAUGUAUACAGGCUUGGACACCGCCUUGAUUUUUUCCGGAUGCUUUCCUUCUACUAUUCAACAGUUGGAUACUACUUUAACACCAUGCUAGUGGUUCUGACAGUCUAUGCAUUUCUUUGGGGCCGGGUUUAUAUGAUUUUCAGUGGAUUAGAGCAAGCUCUUAUAAACGUAGCAAAUGCUACAGACAAUGCAGCACUUGGAGCAGUUAUCAACCAGCAAUUUCUCAUACAGCUUGGCAUCUUCACAGCUCUUCCAAUGAUUGUAGAAAAUACAAUAGAACAUGGAUUCCUUUCAGCCGUUUGGGAUGCUUUCACCAUGCAAUUGCAGUUAGCGUCAGUAUUCUACACUUUUUCAAUGGGUACUCGCACCCACUACUUUGGCAGGACAAUACUUCAUGGUGGUGCAAAGUAUAGGGCUACAGGGCGAGGCUUUGUUGUAGAGCACAAGAGUUUUGCAGAAAACUACAGGCUUUACUCGCGUAGCCAUUUUAUAAAGGCAAUUGAGCUGGGUGUCCUGUUGAUAGUGUUUGCCUCAUACAGUGCUCUUAGCACCAAAACAUUUACUUAUAUCUUACUGACCUUCUCAAGUUGGGUUCUGGUGGUCUCAUGGAUCAUGGCACCCUUUGUUUUUAACCCAUCAGGGUUUGAUUGGUUGAAAACAGUUUAUGACCUAGAAGAUUUUAUGAACUGGUUGUGGUACAAAGGUGGAAUUUUAGCCAAGGCAGAGGACAGCUGGGAAGUGUGGUGGAAUGAAGAACAGGACCAUCUGCGCACUACAGGAAUCUGGGGAAAAGCAUUGGAAAUACUGUUGGACCUUAGGUUUUUCGUUUUCCAGUAUGGAAUUGUGUAUCAGCUGGCCAUUGCAAAUGGGAGCAAGAGCAUUCUGGUAUACUUCCUGUCAUGGAUAUAUGUAGUGGUGGCGCUGGCCAUAUAUCUAGUGAUUACAUACGCGCAGAACAAGUAUGGGGCAACGAAACAUAUCUACUACCGAAUGAUUCAGGCGGCGGUGGUGGGUUUAAGCACGCUGGUGAUUGGGCUGCUGCUAGGGUGCACGCAAUUGGAAGCGAUCGAUUUGGCGACGAGCAUGCUGGCAUUGCUGCCCACCGGUUGGGGUCUGAUCUGCAUUGCCCAAGUUCUCCGCCCUCUCCUCCUGCCCUCCCUCGUCUGGGACACCAUCAUCACUCUUGCUCGCUUCUAUGACCUCAUCUUCGCCUUCAUUGUCAUCUCUCCUGUCGCUCUGCUCUCGUGGCUCCCUGGCUUUCAGUCCAUGCAGACUCGAAUCCUCUUCAACGAGGCCUUCAGCCGCGGCCUCCAGAUUUCUCGCAUCCUCGUUGGCAAGAAGACACACUCCAUGUAAGAAAUCAUUUCUUUAUGUACAUUAUUACAAUUUUAGUAUUCCUUGUAACGUUGCGGAAUCCUUAGUCUUUUUAUUAAAUUAUUUAUAUAUUUUUUUGUUUUCAAUAGUUGCUGUUGUAAAAGCUAAUUGAGGGACUUUUAUUGGGUCCUCCACACCUUUAAAGUGGUCCAUAUACCUUAAAUACAUUUAAAAAAAUAAAAAUAUUUUAUUGUGAUUGAA